AGAAAUUCCGAGAAGUGUGGGGUCUAAGUUCCACUACUCUAAAAGUGGCAGGGCUCUGUCCCUUCUACCUGGAGGAAGGGAGGCUGCAGCAGUUAAAGAAACACAUACAGGACACGUGGAAAAAGAGCUGGUGAUCAAGCCAGCCAGUUAAAGAACACAUGCAGGACACGUGGAAAAGAGCUGUUGCUCAAGAGGACGUGUUUUUUUUUGGUGACUGUUAAAGAUAGAUGGACUAAUAAAGAGGAGGCUGGUUUUCCUCCAGCUGCUGGAGAUAUCUGUGAACUUUGCAUUUCUCUGCUAAACUCUAUAAAUUGUGGUCGACUAUUAACCGAGUGCUGGACUGUUCAGAGCAGUCCCGUAAGGCAGGAGGCUCAUACCAAACCAGCAGCACGUGGUGCCACCUUUUGCAUGCAGAGGGAAAGGAACGUAAAGUGCUGGUGGAAAAAAUCUUGUGUGCUGUGGAAACCACAGCUCUGAGAGGAUGAACCUGCCCCCUGUGAACUGCAGAAGUGCCUGAGCAAGGAUCUGGUGACACAAAUCUGCCCCCGCGGCGACAGGCUUGAGCAAGGAAAAGAAACGUUCAGGAAGGGAAUGAUCAGGCAACAAGGACUGACUUACUCCAGCUGGUAGAGCCUGUCGUUGAUCGGAUGUGUUUGGAAGAGUCACAGAGGGGGAUUUUCUGCGUGGGGCGUUUCCAUCCCCUGCCUUGGCUGUUCCAUCCGUAAAAACCUGCACUCCAAAAACUGCAUCUGGGAUUCAAACACCAAAAAUGAAGCUGAAAGGAGGGGAGCGGGAGAGGUCAGACAGAAGCGAAGGUGCAAAGGGGAAAAUGACAAUUUCCCUUGCCCUGGUGGCUCUGAUAUCUGCCUUUGGAUCUUCUUUCCAGUACGGCUACAACGUGUCUGUGAUCAACUCUCCAGCCCCGUACAUGCAAGACUUUUACAACCAAACCUACUUGGACAGGACUGGGACGCCCAUAACCAGUGCCUUCCAGACACUGCUCUGGUCUCUUACUGUGUCCAUGUUCCCUCUGGGUGGCUUUUUUGGGUCCCUGCUGGUGUAUCCUAUGGUCAACAAUUUUGGCAGAAAGGGCACUUUGCUGAUAAAUAACCUCUUCUCCAUCUCUUCUGCAAUCCUCAUGGGAACCUCAGAGCUAGCAAAAACCUUUGAAGCAAUCAUCAUUUCCCGUUUUAUCAUGGGAAUCUAUGCUGGUCUGGCUUCCAAUGUGGUUCCCAUGUUCCUUGGAGAAAUGUCCCCCAGAAAUCUCAGAGGUGCUAUUGGGAUAGUCCCACAGCUCUUCAUCACUGUCGGGAUCCUUGUAGCUCAGAUCCUUGGUCUCACCAGCAUCCUGGGGAAUGUUGAAGGCUGGCCUGUGCUGCUGGGGCUCACGGGGAUCCCAUCACUGAUCCAGCUCCUUACACUGCCCUUUUUCCCUGAGAGUCCCAGGUACCUGCUGCUCCAAAAGGGCAACGAAGAGCAGGCACGAAAAGCCCUGCAGAGGCUGAGAGGCUGCGAUGACGUGGACGACGAGAUAGAAGAAAUGUUCCAAGAGGGCCAGUCAGAAAAGGAAGAAGGGCAGUUCACUGUGCUCAGCCUGUGCACCUUCAGAGGCCUGAGGUGGCAGCUCAUCUCCAUCAUCGUCAUGAUGAUGGGCCAGCAGCUCUCCGGGGUUAAUGGGGUCUUCUACUACGCAGACAGAAUCUUUGAGUCAGCAGGUGUGCACAGCAGCAGCAUCCAGUAUGUCACUGUGUCCAUAGGGGCCAUCAACGUUGUCAUGACUUCGCUUGCUGUUUUCAUUGUGGAAUCCCUGGGGAGGAGGAUCCUUCUCCUCGCUGGCUUUUUUUUGUGCUGUGCUUCCUGUGCGGUGUUAACCUUGGCCCUCAACCUUCAGACCACGGUGUCCUGGAUGUCCUACCUCAGCAUAGCCUGUGUCAUCCUUUACAUCAUUGGGCAUGCCAUAGGACCCAGUCCGGUUCCCUCUGUCAUGAUCACCGAGAUGUUCCUGCAGUCGUCCCGGCCUGCAGCCUUCAUGGUGGGAGGGUCUGUGCACUGGCUGAGCAACUUCACCGUGGGGCUCUUGUUCCUCUACAUGGAGGCUGGGCUGGGGCCCUACAGCUUCCUCAUCUUCUGUGCCAUCUGCCUGGCCACUGCACUUUACAUCUUCUUCAUCGUUCCCGAGACUAAGAACAAAACCUUCAUGGAAAUCAACAGGAUCAUGGCCAAGAGGAACAAAGUGGAGAUUCAGGAAAACAAGGAAGAGCUGAAGGAUUACUGCGCUGUCCCAACUGGGCUGCCAGAGAGGACGAUGAGCUUUAGCAGUCAGCUGUGACACAGCCCAGUGUCUGGCCUGGCAGGGACAUCCCUCAGGAUCUGUUCAGUGGGAAAACAAAUGCAUUGAUUCAUCAUUUGAUACUGCUCUGAGAAUCACAGAAUCCUUAAGGCUGGAGAAGACCUUUACCAUCGAGUCCAAAUGCAAACCUGACGCUGCCAGUUCCACCUCCUGUCACCAGGAAAGGACAAUGUCCUCAGCCAGCUCAGUUCCUGUGACCAAGUGACCAAUGUCCCUGAUCUCCUGCUGACACACCUUGGGAGACACAAGCCAGCCCUUGUCUUGUCACAAGCCAGCACCACACUCCUCUGAGGAACUGUCACUUGUGUAUUUGAGGGUCUAGGAUGGGGAAACUAAAUUUAAUUUGUUAUCUGAGGGUGCUGCCCUCUGUGUUGAAAAAAAGCAGAAUUGUUGAACAGCC